UUAGUCUGCUUAGCAAGCGUUCCCGCGAUGUUGCGUAUCAAGGUUUAGAAACUGUGGUGAUACAGUCACUUAUAACUCCUUCUGUUUUCUAAACGGAAGUUACUGAAGCAGGAAGAAGAAAAGUGUUUUUUCUUUUUACAGAACCAGCAAGCAAGAUGGCAGCUCUAAACAGACCACAGACUAAAAUGUAUCCAUUCAGCCUGUUGUUUGUCUUUUUGGUGCUCCCGUAUCAAGCAUGCUCUCCCAUCAAGAAAAUGGACAGGUGUGAAGAUUUCAGGACAGGAAAUGGAUAUGUGUACCCAUAUGAAACUCCGGCUGGAUCUGGAAUUGAGGUGUACUCAAACAAUAUUCCAAUAGCCUACCGUGGCAUGAACAAGCCUUUUGAAGCAAAUGUUUCUGAUAAGGUGAUAAGUGUCAACAACAGUGCUGUCAUCCUCUCUGAAUGCCUGAAUCUGACAUUCACAUUCUUUCAUGUUCUCCAGGGCAUGGUUGAGGAGUGCCAUUUGCAUUACAUUGUUGCAGAGAGGGAGCAUGAGGCUGUGACAACUAUCACUCUGACUGACAAUCUGACUGACACCUCGGAUGACACGUCAGGAAAUGGAGACAAAGCCAAAGCCACUAGCCCCACAAAGGAAAUCACUGCUGGUGUUGUGGUUAUCUUGGUUCUGCUGCUGGGCAUUGCUGGUUUCUUAGCGUACAGAUAUGGCUACAUUCCUUGGAGAGACAAACAUCGAUUUGCUCUUGCACAGCCAGCUUGGCUGGGUCGGGACUACCUUAACACCAACGGGGAAAACCAGAGGGACAACGGAGAUCCUGAUGAUCCAGCUGCUGAGGACGCUGAGUCUCUCCGAUCUGUGCUUGUCGUUGGCAGGGACCAGGGGGAUGGGGUGGAAGAGGAGAGGGAGCCACCACACAGUCAGGAGACACAUGUUGAGUCCUCUCUGCUGAAUGGACAUCUUGUGAACAGCAGUCAAGGAGAGAGAGGUGAGCCAAGCGAGAUGUUCGUUCAGUCAAUGGGCAGUGAGGGAACAGAUACUGAAUUCUCUCAGAAGAGACAUGCUGGAUUUCCUCUGGUGAAUGGAAACCAUAAGGCCAGGGUUAACAAUGAGACUAAGGAAGUGACUCCUGGUGCACAGAGUCCAGGACCUCCUCAGAUGAAUGGAGGACCUCCCAUGUCUGACAGGUUGGAGAACAACCCUGUUGGUCAGUGGAUGAAGAAAACUGCUCUGGUGAACAAGCAGGACCAGGACUGGUCAACAAUGGCAUGAAGCCAGUUGAAAAUAUAUAGCAUAUAAGAUGAAACUAAGUGUAAAUAUAAUAAAAUAAAACAUGAUAUACACUGUAAUAUAAAACAGUAUAAUAUAAUAUGAUAUAAUAUCGUAACACUUACUUGAAGCUGCUUCUUGUAUAGUGUUAUAUAUUCUAAUGAAUGCAUUGUUAACAACAUGAAUGAUGCAUUAAUGCAUUCAUAGGACAUAACUGUAUAGUAAAAUGCUAGUAUAAUACUGUGCUGGUAAACUGCUAGCUGUGGGGUUGCCCCCAGCUGUGGUUUCUAUUAUUCAGAGUAUCUACACUCAACUGUGGUUCAAAUACAUAGUUUUUAGCUUAGUUGUUACCGUAAACUAGCCCUUCUUAGAGACAAAGUUAUGGAAAAUGCCGUAUAACUACUUACCAUUCUGAAGUGUAACAGUCAGGUUUUUAUGUAACAAUUGUUAAUCCCUUUUUUAAAUGUUUAUUUAUAUAUUUGUUUGCUUUGAUUUGAUUGAAUUAGUAUGACUAAUGCUUCAAUGACCAUGCAUUAUUUUACCCUGCCGUAUAGAAGGAUAUUAUUUUACCCUCCCGUAUAGAGGGAUAUUAUUUUACCCUCCCGUAUAGAGGGAUAUUAUUUUACCCUCCUGUAUAGAAGGAUAUUAUUUUACCCUCCCGUAUAGAAGGAUAUUAUUUUACCCUCCCGUAUAGAAGGAUAUUAUUUUACCCUCCCGUAUAGAAGGAUAUUAUUUUACCCUCCCGUAUAGAGGGAUAUUAUUUUACCCUCCCGUAUAGAGGGAUAUUAUUUUACCCUCCCGUGUAGAAGGAUAUUAUUUUACCCUCCCGUAUAGAAGGAUAUUAUUUUACCCUCCCGUAUAGAGGGAUAUUAUUUUACCCUCCCGUAUAGAAGGAUAUUAUUUUACCCUCCCGUAUAGAAGGAUAUUAUUUUACCCUCCCGUAUAGAGGGAUAUUAUUUUACCCUCCCGUAUAGAGGGAUAUUAUUUUUCCCUCCCGUAUAGAAGGAUAUUAUUUUACCCUCCCGUAUAGAAGGAUAUUAUUUUACCCUCCCGUAUAGAAGGAUAUUAUUUUACCCUCCCGUAUAGAAGGAUAUUAUUUUACCCUCCCGUAUAGAGGGAUAUUAUUUUACCCUCCCGUAUAGGAUAUUAUUUUACCCUCCCGUAUAGAAGGAUAUUAUUUUACCCUCCCAUAUAGAAGGAUAUUAUUUUACCCUCCCGUAUAGAAGGAUAUUAUUUUACCCUCCCGUAUAGAAGGAUAUUAUUUUACCCUCCCGUAUAGAGGGAUAUUAUUUUACCCUCCCGUAUAGAAGGAUAUUAUUUUACCCUCCCGUAUAGAAGGAUAUUAUUUUACCCUCCUGUAUAGAAGGAUAUUAUUUUACCCUCCCGUGUAGAGGGAUAUUAUUUUACCCUCCCGUAUAGAAGGAUAUUCUUUUAGUGACUAAAACAUUUUCCAUUAUCCAAAAUAUAUUUAAUUAAAACAUAUAUAUUUCUUCUCA